UUUACUCUGUUUUAAAUUUUGACAGGGGCUUGUAGCUUGGAUCUUUGUGGAUUCUUCCUUGUAAUUAUAAAUGGGUUCCAAUCUACAUGAUGGAGAUAUUUUAAUUUCCAAACAUCCACUCGGACAGCCUGCUCUGGAGAAAAGGAUUAUGCACUACUCCAACUUCCAUCAUAUUUUAUUAGUGGGGGAAGGAGAUUUUUCAUUUUCUGCGGCUUUGGCCAAAGCAUUUGGUUCUGCAGAAAACAUCGUUGCCACCUCUCUUGACAGCAGAGAGGAGGUCAUAAGUUCAUAUAAUUCCGGCCAAGAUAACCUUCGGAGUUUGGAGAAGCGUAGAGCAAUGACAUUGCAUAGUGUUGAUGCAAAAACAAUGAAAAAGCGUGAGAUAUUAAGAGAGAUGUUGUUCGAUAGGAUUGUCUUUAACUUCCCUCAUGCAGGCUUCUUUGGGAAGGAAAAUGAUAACAAACUUAUCAAAAAACACCGUCAUUUGUUGAAGAUGUUCUUUAAGAAGAUCACCUGAGGACAGUCACAAUUAAAACAUUGAAAGAAAACAAUGAACUCGGAAGGCAAAGAGAUGAAGCAUUGCGAGAAAAGACAAGUAUUACCAAAGAAUUGGAUGAAGCUUUGAGAUUGAAAGAAGAUGCAGCUAAUCAAAGAGAUGCGACUAUUUUGGAGCUUGGAAUUGAAAGGAAAGCCAGAAAGGAUGCUGAAUCUGCAAAAGCAAAUAUUGAGGGUUCACUUAACUACAACAAAGAGUCAGUAUAUGACUUUCAAAUCAAGAAAAUCAAUCAACUAGAGAGACAAAGAGAUGAUGCUCUUUAUCAAAAGGAAGCAGCCUGCAGGGAAAAGGAAAAGAUUGCCAGACAACUAAAUGAGGUCUCGAGAUUAAAAGAAGAAGCAAUUUAUGAAAAAGAAAAGAUUUUGAGGGAAUGCAAUGACCUUGCCAACCAAAAGGAUGAAAAUGUUUAUUGGGCUAUUGUUGCGUUCUGUGGCUUGGGUCUUUGCAAAAUUGUUUCUUCAAUGUACAGUCGGAAGAAGUAAGCAUAAAAGAAUAGGUUGUUCUAAUAACGAAGACUUCACCAACAAUGCAGUUUCUGUUUAUUGAUCUUAUAACUAUUAACUUCAGCAACUCGGGUUAUUUGCCAAUGACAUAUUCUUAGUUAAAGAUUACUAGAUUUUUAAGUUUCAGCUUAACUGUAAUAGCUUAUGUGAAAUAUAUGAGAAAUUUACCUAGUAAAUUCAGAAUUCGGCACCUUUUUAUUUGAUUCUU